GAAUUUCUGAAAGCACCAACACUCAGAAAUGUGUCAAAGUUCCAGAAACAGUGAGAGUAAAGCCAGUGUAACGAGGAUUGUUGACUAAAGUGAAGCCCAGAUAAAGAGAUCAGACUCACCAGUAACCAGCUGUGUGUCCAUGAAGAGCGAUAACUCUAUGAUUGAACCACUAGAACUUAAAGAGAAGAGAGAAUCAUCACCUGUAGACAGUAAAGUCCAGAUGAAGAGCUCAGACUCACCAGAACCCAGCUGUGUCUCCAUGAAGAGCGAUGAGUCUAUGGAUUUUCCCUGGGACUUUAAAACUGGAAACCCGUCACCUGGACACAGUGAAGUCCAGAUGAAGAGAUCAGACUCACCAGAACCCAGCUGUGUCUCCAUGAAGAGCGAUGAGUCUAUGGAUGUUCCCUGGGACUUUAAAACUGGAAACCCGUCACCUGGGCACAGUGUUUUACAGAAGGCAGGAGACAGAAGAGAAAAGAUCUUCAUCACAGAUACAGGUAAAGUCCAGAUGAAGAGAUCAGACUCACCAGAACCCAGCUGUGUCUCCAUGAAGAGCGAUGAGUCUAUGGAUGUUCCCUGGAACUUUAAAACUGGAAACCCGUCACCUGGACACAGUGAAGUCCAGAUGAAGAGAUCAGACUCACCAGAACCCAGCUGUGUCUCCAUGAAGAGCGAUGAGUCUAUGGAUGUUCCCUGGAACUUUAAAACUGGAAACCCGUCACCUGGACACAGUGUAAAGCAAAAACAAAAGAGCUGGCCUUGCUGUUCCAGUACUUUUGGAGGGGCCUGUCGGAAGAAGGAAAAAAAAACUAGAAGCCUAAAAUUAAAACAGGGACAGAUUUUUCUCCAGAAGGCAGGAGACAGAAGAGAAAAGAUCUUCAUCACAGAUACAGGUAAAGUCCAGAUGAAGAGAUCAGACUCACCAGAACCCAGCUGUGUCUCCAUGAAGAGCGAUGAGUCUAUGGAUUUUCCCUGGACCUUUAAAACUGGAAACCCGUCACCUGGACACAGUGAAGUCCAGAUGAAGAGAUCAGACUCACCAGAACCCAGCUGUGUCUCCAUGAAGAGCGAUUGGUCUAUGGGUAUUCCCUGGGCCUUUAAAACUGGAAACCCGUCACCUGGGCACAGUGUUUUACAGAAGGCAGGAGACAGAAGAGAAAAGAUCUUCAUCACAGAUACAGGACACGCCCCAGAAUCUCCUGCUGUAAAUGAAUUCCAGAAAAAGUUCAGAUUAAAUCUGAUGAAGAAGUUUCAGUGUUUAAAUGGAGUGAUGAUAAAGCCGGGAACGCGAGCGCUCCUGAAUGAGAUCUACACCGAGCUCUACAUCACAGAGGGAGACAGUGGAGACGUCAAUAAAGAACAUGAGGUGAGACGGAUUGAGGCAGCGUCCAGGAGAAAAACAACAGAGGAAACACCAAUCAAAUGCAGCGACAUCUUUAAGCCCUUAUCUGAAGAAGACGAACCCAUCAGAACUGUAGUGACAAAGGGCGUGGCUGGUAUCGGAAAAACAGUCUCUGUGCAGAAGUUCAUUGUGGACUGGGCUGAAGGGAAAGCAAAUCAGGACGUCCCCCUCAUAUUUCCACUUCCUUUCAGAGAGCUGAAUCUGAUGAAGGACCAAAACCUGAGUCUGAUGGAGCUCCUUCAUGUCUGCUUUAAGGAAACCAGAGAAACAGAAAUGUCCAGGUUGGAAAAGGUUCUGUUCAUUUUUGAUGGAUUGGACGAGUGUCGUUUCCCUCUGGAUUUCCGGAACACAGUGAGAGUGUGUGAUGUAACUGAAUCAGCAUCGGUGCGUGUGCUGCUGAUAAACCUGAUCAAAGGGAAUCUGCUUCCCUCUGCUCUCGUCUGGAUCACCUCCCGACCAGCAGCAGCUGAUCAAAUCCCCUCUGAGUACGUCCAUCGAGUCACAGAGGUACGAGGGUUCAAUGACCCCCAGAAGGAGGAGUACUUCAGGAAGAGGGUCAGUGAUCAGAGUCUGGCCGAGAACAUCAUCACACACCUGAAGUCAUUAAGAAGCCUGUACAUCAUGUGUCACAUCCCAGUCUUCUGCUGGAUUUCAGCCGCUGUCCUCGAGAGAAUGUUGGGUGAAGCAGAGAGUGGAGAGAUCCCCAAGACUCUGACUCAAAUGUACACACACUUCCUCAUCAUUCAGACAAACGUCAUCAGAGAAAAAUACUCAAAGAAGCAGGAGAGUGAUGAAGAAAUGCUGCUCAAACUGGGACAACUGGCUUUUGAGCAGCUGAAGAAAGGCAACCUGAUCUUCUAUGAGGAAGACCUGCGAGGGUGUGGCAUUGAUGUGACAGAAGCAGCAGUGUACUCAGGUGUGUGUACGCAGAUCUUCAGAGAGGAGCCUGGGCUUCACCAGAGUAAAGUGUACUGCUUUGUUCAUCUGAGCAUUCAGGAGCAUCUCGCAGCUCUGUAUGUGCAUCUGACCUUCAUGAAGGAAAAGAGAAAGGUUCUUGAUCAGAGUCGGUCCUUUAAGACAAUUUCAGAUGUACACAGGAGGGCUGUAGAUCAGGCGUUAAAAUCUGAGACUGGACAUCUGGAUCUGUUCCUCCGCUUUCUUCUGGGUCUCUCACUGGAGUCCAAUCAGAAACUCUUAGAUGCCUUAGUAACACAGACAGGAAGUAACUCCCAGAGCAAAGAGGAAACAGUUCAGUACAUUAAGAAGAAGAUCAGUAGAGAUGAUCUUCCUGCAGAAAAAUCCAUCAAUCUGUUCCACUGUCUGAAUGAACUGGGUGAUGAUUCUCUCGUGGAGGAAAUCCAACGCUACCUGAAAUCUGGGAAACGAAGUGAACUCUCUCCUUCACAGUGGUCUGCUCUGGUGUUUGUGUUACUGACUUCAGCACAGGAGCUGGAGGAGUUUGAUCUGAGUAAAUAUACCAGUACAGAGGAGAUACCAGAUCGGGUUCUUGUGAAGGUGAUGCCUGUGAUUGCAGCAUCCAGGAAAGCCGUUAUUAGUUGUGAUGGAAUUGAAGGCAGCAGCGCUAAAGCUCUGGUCUCAGUGCUCAACUCAGAAACCUCCAAUCUGAGAGAACUGCAUCUGACUGUGAGGACACUGAAUCUGUCUGGGAAUAAACUAGAAGACUCAGGAGUGAAGCGUCUCUGCGCUGUACUGGAGAAUCCUGACUGUAAAGUGGAGAGCCUGGUGUUGCGUGGUUGUGGUGUCUCAGAUGAAGGCUGUGCUGCUGUGAGUUCAGCUCUGAGAUCAAACCCCUCACACCUGAGAGAACUGAAUCUGUCCGGUAAUAAUCUGGGAGACUCAGGAGUGAAGCGUCUCUGUGCUGGACUGGAGAAUCCUCACUGUAAACUGGAGAGACUGUGGUUGUGGGGUUGUGGUGUCUCAGAUGAAGGCUGUGCUGCUCUGAGUUCAGCUCUGAGAUCAAACCCCUCACACCCGAGAGAACUGAAUCUGUCCUAUAAUAAUCUGGGAGACUCAGGAGUGAAGUGUCUCUGUGCUGGACUGGAGAAUCCUCACUGUAAACUGGAGACACUGUGGUUGGAUGGUUGUGGUGUCUCAGAUGAAGGCUGUGCUGCUCUGAGUUCAGCUCUGAGAUCAAACCCCUCACACCUGAGAGACCUGGAUCUGUCCUAUAAUAAUCUGGGAGACUCAGGAGUGAAGCGUCUCUCUGCUGGACUGGAGAAUCCUCACUGUAAACUGGAGACACUGGGGUUGGAGCGGUGUGGUGUCUCAGAUGAAGGCUGUGCUGCUCUGAGUUCAGCUCUGAGAUCAAACCCCUCACACCUGAGAGAACUGAAUCUGUCCUAUAAUAAUCUGGGAGACUCAGGAGUGAAGUGUCUCUCUGCUGUACUGGAGAAUCCUCAUUGUAAACUGGAGAUACUGAGGUUGGGGCAGUGUGGUGUCUCAGAUGAAGGCUGUGCUGCUCUGAGUUCAGCUCUGAGAUCAAACCCCUCACACCUGAGACACCUGGAUCUGUCCUUUAAUAAUCUGGGAGACUCAGGAGUGAAGCGUCUCUGUGCUGUACUGGAGAAUCCUCACUGUAAACUGGAGACACUGGGGUUGCAGCGGUGUGGUGUCUCAGAUGAAGGCUGUGCUGCUCUGAGUUCAGCUCUGAGAUCAAACCCCUCACACCUGAGAGAACUGGAUCUGAACGAUAAUAAUCUGGGAGACUCAGGAGUGAAGCGUCUCUCUGCUGGACUGGAGAAUCCUCACUGUAAACUGGAGACACUGGGGUUGUAUCGUUGUGGUGUCUCAGAUGAAGGCUGUGCUGCUCUGAGUUCAGCUCUGAGAUCAAACCCCUCACACCUGAGAGAACUGGAUCUGUCCGGUAAUGAUCUGGGAGACUCAGGAGUGAAGCGUCUCUGUGCUGUACUGGAGAAUCCUCACUGUAAACUGGAGACACUGGGGUUGGAGCGGUGUGGUGUCUCAGAUGAAGGCUGUGCUGCUCUCGCUUCAGCUCUGAGAUCAAACCCCUCACACCUGAGAGUACUGAAUCUGACUGGGAAUGAAAUCGGAGUCUCAGGAAAGAAUCUGCUCUCUGCUCUUAAGGAUGAUGAACAUUACAAACUACAGACGCUGUGGAUUUGAUGAACAUCUGUGUGUGUGUGUGAUGAAGACUCGUGUUCCUGCAGUUCCAUGUUGGAAAUGAGCACUUUAUUAGGAACAACUUGUGAGCUGCAUGAAACUGCUUACAGUACUCUGUGCAAUUUAUCAGUCAAAUCCAUUCCAAAGAAAUAAAAAUAGUGUUUUUAUUUUUAUUGUAUAAAACUAGUUUGUGUAUUUAAAUUUCUGCAACAGUUCAAUAAAUUUAU